AUGGCCACUUCCACGAGAGACCAGACGGCGAAGAAGAUCCCGCUCCUUCCUCUCUUCUCGCUCGUCUUCUUUGCUUCCAUCUUCUUCCUUCUCUCCCUUUCCAGAAGGACUCCAGUCUCUCCGGGAUCCUCUCAGGUCAAGGCCAGACUCAGAUCCGACCUGAACUGCGAUUACACCGACGGGUCGUGGGUCUACGACCCGGAUCGCAGCUCGGCAAAGUACGAUAGCACCUGCAAGGAGAUAUUCAAAGGCUGGAACUGCAUUGCCGGCGGGAAACCGAAUGCGGCAGACAUACUCAAGUGGCGGUGGCAGCCAAAGGGAUGUAAUCUUCCCCCGUUUGAUCCGGUGGCUUUCCUGGAAACUUAUCGAGACUCUAACAUAGGUAAACCUGUUUCUGUUAGUAAUGGGGUUGGCCAUGUUGAACCAUUUGCUGAGUAUCGUUUGAGGAUCUCACUUGUGUGCCACAGUGCAGGAUUUGUUGGCGACUCCUUGAAUAGGAAUAUGUUUGUGUCCCUGUUCUGCGCACUGAGACGGGUGUCGAUUGACGUGAAGAAGUGGCGACCGGCUGGUGCUGAUCGUGGGUUUACUUUUCUUCAGUAUAACCUUACCAUUGCAUACCAUCGCACGAAUCUGUUGUCAAGAUAUGGUAGUUGGUUAGCUGAUCCAAAAGGUGGGAAGCUGGAGUCUCUUGGUUAUAAAGAGGGUUACAGGGUUGAUGUUGACAUCCCAGACGGCACUUGGGUUAAAGCUCCAAGCUUCCAUGAUAUUCUGAUCUUCAACACUGGGCACUGGUGGUGGGCACCUUCUAAGUUUCACCCUGUAAAGUCACCUAUGCUCUUCUAUGAAAAGGGUUUACCAAUCAUUCCUCCAAUACCUCCCGAUGUCGGCCUUGACAUUGUUUUGAAGCACAUGAUUCAUUAUGUUGAAGAGAAGAUGCGCCCAGGUGGGAUCAAGUUCUUCCGGACUCAAUCACCGAGGCAUUUUGAAGGAGGUGACUGGAAUGAAGGUGGUUCUUGUCUGCGUCAACAGCCAUUGUCAUCUCACCAAGUCCAAGAACUUUUUGAAGUGAGAAACAAUGGUACAAAUGUCGAGUCACGGCUGGUGAAUCAGCACCUGCUCAGAGCAAUCAACGGGUCAAGUUUUCACAUUCUAGACAUAACUCACUUGAGUGAAUUCAGAGCAGACGCUCACCCAGCCAAUGCUGGUGGAAAGAAGCACGACGACUGCAUGCACUGGUGCUUGCCUGGAGUACCGGAUACAUGGAUCGACUUGUUCAUUUUACAUUUGAACGGCAUUAAGUUUAGAGAUUAGCAACCUUUUAAACAUCUUACAAUUGGGAUAAGUGUGACAGAAUUAGUUACUUGUCCAGUUUUCUAAGUUUGAUGUGCACCUGAAACUAGCUCACUUAGACCAACUCGGGCAUCUUGGAGUUUGAUGUAAAGUUUCUACGUACAUGUGAAAAUUCUAGUGGUUUGUGCCAUUUGAAAAGUUUAUUGUUGUUGCUUUUGUAGACCAUUUAUUUUGGUAG